AUGGCUUGCUAUCCGCUGGUAACUUGUUUGACUACCUGUAACUGGCAGGCUGCCAGUGACUCGCAGAUAAUCACCAGGGCUGCUGAUCAUUGCCAAACACAGUGCGGAAAUGUGACGGUUCCUUUUCCGUUCGGAAUCGGACGGGGGUGUUCCAUCGACGGCGAAUGGUUCGAGAUAGUCUGCAACAAAUCGGUCAUCCCUCACACUCCUUUCCUCAGAAAGUUGAAGGUCCAAGUGCUGAAUAUCUCCACAGACGGCACACUCCGGAUAACAAACCCUAUUACUUCCGAAAAUUGCUCAGGUAGUCAUAGCCAAACGCCUACUCAACCAGUGAAUUUGACAGGAAGUCCCUUUGUUUUUUCCGAGAGACGCAACAGAUUCAACGCGUUGAGUUGCGGUUGGUUCGCCUAUAUAGAGUCCAAAUUAAAAGACGAUUAUUUUCACGCUGGUUGUUCAUCAAUAUGUUCAUCAAAUAGUAAUAAUAACAAUAAUAAGAGCAGCUGCGAUGGAUUGGAUUGCUGCCACACCACCAUUCCUUCCUACACAAAAGACUUGAUAAUCGAUUUCAGCCCAGAAGCUUUCUCGAACAAUAAUGGCACGAAAGGGAAUCGCGACAACAACAAUGGCGCGAAAGAGAAUUACGACAACAGAAUAUGCAAGUAUGCAUUCGUCGCUGACCAAGAAUGGUUGCGUAAUUCAACGGAAGUGCUUUCGCCUGGUGUUCCAGGUAUGACGCACGUUCCUGUGGUCCUAAAUUGGGAUUUACUAUACAAUUUGGAUUAUGUUAAAGCUCUAGAAAAAAACAUUAUGAGUGUCAUUCCAAACUCCACUGUCGUUUGCAACACAAAACAAUCCAGAUCUACAAGAGAUGAGCUUUCACUCUUUUGUAGAUGCCAAGAGGGAUACGAGGGAAAUCCCUAUGAUCUACAUGGCUGUCUAGCGGUUAGUGAAUGUGAUCCGGAUUCUAAACCAUGUGGGCGACGGAAAGACGUUUGUGUGAAACAUCGUGGGAUUUACAAAUGCAUUGAGGAUUCAUCGCACAGUAAGACACUCCCCAUGAUUGUAGGCUUUGGAACUGGUCUUGGGGUCCUGCUUAUAAUUGUUCCUGCAUUGGCCUUUUACAAAUUCAUGAUGAAAAGGAAGGACGUCAAACGGAAGGAGAAAUUUUUCAAGCGGAAUGGAGGUUUGUUGUUACAAAAGCAAAUGUCUCCAAGCGAUGGAGCUAGUAUGGAGAGAAUCAAGUUGUUUAAUGCAAAGGAGUUGGAGAAGGCCACUGAUCAUUUCAAUGAGGAUAGAAUUAUUGGCCAAGGAGGUCAGGGCACCGUGUUCAAAGGAAUGUUGGCGGACGGAAAAAUAGUCACCGUGAAAAGGUCUAAAGUUGUCGACGAAGCAAAACUCACCGAGUUCAUUAACGAAGUUCUCAUUCUCUUGCAGAUCAACCAUCGAAACGUGGUUAAAUUGCUGGGAUGUUGUUUGGAGACUGAUGUCCCUCUUUUAGUUUAUGAAUUUGUGCCUAACGGAAACCUAUCUCAGCUUAUUCAUGACCCGCAUGAAGAAUUUACAUUAACAUGGGAAAUGCGCAGGCGAAUUGCAAUAGAAGUAACGGGAGCUCUAUCAUACUUGCACUCCGCGGCAUCAUUUCCCAUUUUUCAUCGAGACAUCAAGUCGACAAACAUACUCUUAGACGAAAUGUAUAGAGCAAAAGUUGCGGAUUUCGGCACUUCAAGAUCGGUCAAUAUGGACCAAACGCACUUGACAACCAAAGUACAAGGGACAUUUGGUUACUUGGAUCCAGAAUACUUCCGUUCCAGUCAAUACACUGAGAAGAGCGACGUUUACAGUUUUGGAGUGGUUCUAAUUGAGUUGUUGACCGGUGAAAAGGCGGUUCAUGUGACAAGUUCGAGAAAAGGUAGAAGUUUGGUGACACACUUUAUUGAUUCAAUGGAUGAGGGUCGUUUAUGUGAGAUUCUUGAUAAUGAAGUUAAGAAGGGCUCGACAGAAGAAAUCACGGUUGCUGCAAACCUUGCAAGGAGAUGUUUGCAUUUGAAUGGAAGGGAACGGCCAACAAUGAAAGAAGCGGCGAUGGUGUUGGAGGGGACUCAAAUGUUGGAAGCUUAUUCAUGACCCGAAUGAAGAUUUUCCAUUAACAUGGGAAAUGCGCAGGCGAAUUGCAACAGA